CUUGUUUCUUCCUCACCUUCUCUGAGGACUGAGGAAACGCUGGGUGAACUUUGCCCGAUUCUGUUUUAGCAUAUUACCAAAUCGCGUUGUUUUGUAUUUACUUGAAGCGUUUUAUUAUAAUUAUUUUAAAGAUGUGGUUUAUUUAUUUACUUAGCUGGGUGUCCUUAUUAAUACAGGUGUCCUUUGUUACCCUCGCUAUUGCUGCAGGUCUAUACUACUUGGCAGAGUUGAUAGAGGAGUACGCAGUUGCUACCAGUCGAAUAAUAAAAUACAUGAUAAUGAUCUCCACAGGUGUACUGGUAGGGCUGUACCUGUUUGAGGGCUUCCCCUUGCUCAUGAUUGGGGUUGGCCUUUUCACUAACCUGGUGUACUUUGGCCUGCUGCAAACAUUCCCUUACAUCAUGCUCAGCUCACCAAACUUCAUUCUGUCGUGUAUACUGGUGGUGAUAAAUCACUAUAUGGCCUUCCAGUAUUUUGCAGAAGAAUACUAUGCGUUUUCAGAGGUUCUAGCAUACUUCACAAUUUGCCUGUGGGUGAUACCAUUUGCUUUCUUUGUAUCCCUGUCUGCUGGGGAGAAUGUUCUUCCAUCCACAGUGCAGCAAGGAGACGAUGUGGUAUCUAACUACUUUACCAAAGGAAAGAGGGGCAAACGCUCUGGGAUCCUCCUGAUAUUCUCCUUCCUGAAAGAAGCUGUUUUGCCAAGUCGCCAGAAAAUGUACUGAUGCACUACAGCUAAAGGGUAGCGAACAGACGGAGAUCUCGGGAAGGGUGAGCGAUGGGUUAUGGGCACGGUUUCCGGAUUUCUUAGUCAACUGGAUUUGUGAGAAUGAAGGGAGAGGGGGAUGGUUAGGGAUGAAAGGUAAAAGAGAGAACCUGUGUGGAGUACCAUGUCUGGACGGAUGCACACAACCUGCCAUGGACAUACCUGCUCUUCGGCUGAACUGACAUAUCUGUCUCUCUGUCUGUCCAUCUGUUUUAAACGAACACAGCCAAUUAACGCUCCAUAAGUGAUCCUCAGACGUGGAAUGCCUUCAGGCUCUUGUUUCCUUGAGAGGCAUUAUGAAGGCUGAUUUGUGAAUGAAAUCACCGGGAGUGGCAAAUGUCAGUUUUGGUGUAGAACUUUUGUUUAAUUUGUGUCUGGAAUUUUGUCCAAAAUGCCUUUCAUUUUUAAAGGCUUGAAUAAUAGACAUGUGACGCAAUGUCUUUAGUUGGAUGUUUAAUGGUGUGAGCUUCUUUGCAUAAUUCGAUGACCGUUUUACUGUCACUAGUUGAUGCUGAUUCUGAUGUAAUUGUCAUACUACAGUCAUCAAGGCCUUUGGUCUUUGGUCAAGGCUUUUUAUUAUUUGUAAGCUGUAAAGAACAAAAUAUUUGCCUAAACAGUUCUGAAUUAAGACCAGUUGAGAUUAACUGCAAGAUGGAAUGGUGUUUAAAAGUUCUCAAGAGUGUCAACAGAUUCUUACAUCUAUUUUGGAGAAACAAAAAUGCUUAGUACAUAUAUGUGGAGUCUCAUUACAAUCUUCAUAAUGUUCAAAAGCAUUAACACUGCUUUUUUUAUUUUUUAUUUUUUUUUGUGAAUUUUACCACAAUGGUCUUUCUUCCGAUGUUUUUUCACACAUGCAGCCAAUAAAAUGCCAGUUAAAUUUGA